AUCUACAAUUGCAUCCGUAUUCAGAUAUCUUCUUCUCCAUUGAUUAUUUGCUAUCUCAGGAAAUGAUGCAGAGCGACGAUUCUGUUAAAGAUGUGUUUAACAUCCGGAAACUGGAGAUUUCAGACAAAGACAAAGGUUUUAUCGAAUUGCUGAGACAAUUGACUGUCUGUGAUUCCGUCUCAGACGACAAAUUUAAAGAAAGAUUCCAAGAAAUCGAGAAAUAUGGUGAUGACCAUAGGAUUUGUGUCAUCGAAGAUGUCCGAUCAGGGAAGAUUGUUGCAACUGGAAGUGUGUUCAUUGAGAAGAAAUUUGUGAGGAAUUGUGGUAAAGCUGGACAUAUUGAGGAUGUUGUUGUUGAUUCGAGUGCUCGUGGGAUGCAAUUAGGUAAGAGAAUUGUUGAGUAUCUUGCUGAUCAUGCUUGUUCAAUGGGAUGUUAUAAGGUAAUUCUUGAUUGUACUGAAGAGAAUAGACCUUUUUAUGAGAAAUGUGGUUUCAAGAAGAAAGAGAUUCAGAUGGUUAAGUAUUUUGUUUGAUGAAUAAUUUGUGUGUUAGUUGCUUUACUGAAUUGUUGUUUUUAAUCUUGUAAGAUUGUUGUUUCUUGUUUUGACAAAUUUAGUUAUCAUCAUUAACCAAAUCUUCUGUUUACUUGUAUGCCCUGCAUUUAUGGAGGAGGAUAGCUUGUCUUAA